ACCGGUCCGUCCAAUAUUGCCUUCCCCCGUCGACGAUAGCGUGAAACACCCACAGAACUGAAACAACUCCCGAGUAGUCCGAAACGUGAACACAUGUUUACAGAAACCCCCUUAUAGAAAUACUAUGUAGUUAAGUAUCGUCCUUCAGCGUGAAGUAAAGAAAAAAAUAAACUCGACAUGGACACAGAGGACGGUAAAGCUAUUUUUUGUGCGACUGACGGGGACAUUGAAAAGUGGAUGGGCCGCGCUUUUGACAUGGCUAACGAUGCCCUGAACAACGGAGAAGUUCCAGUUGGAUGUUUGAUGGUCUACAAGGAUGAGGUGGUGGGGAGGGGAAGGAACGAGGUCAACGAGACCAAAAACGCAACUCGCCAUGCAGAAAUGGUGGCCUUGGACCAGGUCCUGAACUGGUGUGGUCAUAACAACCUGGACGUGAGAAGCGUGUGUGAACAGACGGUGUUGUAUGUCACCGUGGAACCGUGCAUCAUGUGUGCUGCUGCUCUACGUCUCACGAACAUUCCCGUGGUGGUUUACGGCUGCAAGAACGAGCGCUUUGGUGGCUGUGGAUCAGUCCUGGAUAUCUCUUCUGCAGACCUGCCUCAAACUGGAACAUCCUUCAAGUGUGUCUCAGGCCACAGAGCAGAAGAAGCUGUGGAGAUGUUAAAGUUGUUCUAUAAGCAGGAGAACCCAAAUGGUGACAGCAGAACUUUUAUCUCUCCAUACUUUUACACUUAGAGUGGACCAUCUAAAGUCGAACGGGUUCACCAUAAUUGUUAGGUAAUGUGGUUUGUUUUUCUCUUUCAGCCCCCAAACCCAAAACCAGAAAAGAGUGAGCCAGAUUAGUAGUUCAAAUGUUUGUACACUAUUUAUUGUCUGUUGUCAUGAUUGUAAUAAAAAUAAUAACAAGGUACGCUGUCUAGUUUAUGAUUAAAUGCAUUCUUAUUGUUAUGACA